GAAAUGGCAGCUAGAGUGUUUUUGACGAGCCUGAGUUGUCUUCCGAAGUUCACCAGCGCCGAUGUGGUGAAGAGUGUGGAGAUACAUUCGUCCACUAAAGGAAACAAAUUGGACAAGGGAUAUAAAUUCUUCCACGAAGAGUUUAUCCACAAUUACCAAGAUAUCACUGGAUGCAGAAAGUGCCAACCUGAAAGCUUUCUCCUGCAGUUGUGCGGCUGGUAAAGGAUUCUGCAAUCACAUAGUUGCCAUCCUGUACCAGACCGCACAUUAUUCACAGCUGGGUCUGCAGGCUGUUCCACCCGCCCUGGCCUCCACAAGUGGCUUGCAAAGAUGGCACAGACCAAGAACACAGGGAAUCCAUCCUGAACCGGUUAGUGAGCUGGUGGUGCAAAAGCCCAAAACAGUUGGCAAGGACGGUCUGAGGUCCACACUGUACAAGGCAUAUACAGGACCACUGCCAGAUCCAUAUAUGAUGGCAUCUGGAAGCAAAUUAAGCCAGGUGCAGCCCCAACCUCUCAUGGCUGUUGUAUUGGAUGGGGUUUCUGAGAUGGAGCUGACGCCAUCUAAAUUUGGGUCUGUCCCUCGUGGAUCCCCCAUGUCCUAUCACUGUCCACCCAAGAAGUCCAGUGACCUCCUCCUACACCACAUGGCUCCAGAAUAUCCAUCCCUUCCUGUGAUGCAGCACACUUUUGCCAGGUUGCAUUUCGUCCCGACCUUGCAUCAGUUAAUGCAUCUCCAGUCUCUUGAAGUGUCACCGCAGCUGUCCUGCGAGAUAGCAAAAGAAUCUCAGCAGCAAUCCAGAUGUCCUGCAUGGACACAGCUACGGCGACCAAGGCUGACUGCUAGUCGUUUUUGGGAUGCUUGUUGUAGUAGGGCGUGUCGUGCAGAGCUGGAGUCUGCAGCUAUUCAGAUGAUCAGAGGCUCCACAAAGCAAACAGCUGCAAUGAAGCGUGGUCUACUAGUGGAGCCUGAAGUGCUGGCAAACUAUGCUGAACUGUUGCGAGUUAAUGUGUUACCAGCCGGAUUCGUCAUUCACCCUGACGCACCACAUCUCGGGGCCAGUCCAGACGGUCGGGUGUAUGACCCUUCAGAGUCGCCUCCUUUUGGCCUGGUUGAGGUGAAGAGCAGCACAAAAACCGAUCCAUCUCAGGUUGCUCACCUCAAGGUGCAGGAAGGCCACGCCAGUCUGAGGCGUUCACAUAAGUACUGCUGGCAGGUUCAGGGCCAGCUGGCAAUCACAGGACUGACAUGGUGUGACUUUGUUACCGAUACCCUAUCAACUUUAACUGUGGAAAGAAUUUGGCGUGAUGACUCAUUCAUAGCGGAAAUGAGAGAGAAAUUGAUAUAUUAUUAUGGCAUAUACAUGAAUGCAUACCUUGAAUUACACUAAUCUAGUCUUUAACAAUCAGUUCAGCCUUCUGUCUUACUGUUGAUGAUCUGUAAUGUUAUUUUUUAUUGUAAAUGUUUGAUGUUAUUUGAGUUGUUGUUAAUCAGUUGAUGUUACGCAUACCAAAAAAUUAAAUGAUGCACAAUU